AUGCGGAUUAAAGCUGUACUCCUUGUUACUUUAGCACUCUUCUUUGCAAUAAUUGGUCUUAUCUUUCAUUUUUUAGCAUUGUUUAGUAAACGAUGGACAGUAGCUAUUCCUCGUCAACCUCGAGAACCUAAUGAUCAAAUUCAUUAUUAUAGUUUAUGGACACGAUGUCAAUAUUCAAAUACAUCAUUUGUCAUUCCAGACAUAUCAUCUCAACCAAAUAUAGAAAAUUUUGUUUGUCGUCCAAAUACUUAUUUACGUUAUGAUAUUAAUAAUGAAGAAAUAAGUAAAAAAUGUUAUUUAAGUCGUCAUCAAUGUUCAUCUAUUAUUGGUGUUGAUCCUGAUUGUAAAUGCAAAUAUUUACCAAUAACACAAAUUCAACAAUGUUUAUAUCUUAGAUUAAUUGCUUCACCACAAAAUGCAAGUGCAACAUUACUAUUAGCUCUUGCACCUAUGGCACUUCUCACUAUAGCAUUAUUAUUGAUGAUUAUAACAAUGAUACUCGUCGGUGCUUAUUUAAGACGUAAUGAAUAUGAAGAUUAUGAUAUGAAAUUACCAAAACAUAUUUUUCCUCCAUUAUCUAUACUAUCUGAAACAUUUAAUUUAUAUCGACUUAAUGCUUUUUUUAAAAAUUAUAAAGAUCCUAUUGUACAUCGAAAUGCUAUUUCAACAUUCAAAUCAAUUCAUGAAGAACGUUUUCAUGCUCGUAUUGAUUGGUCAGCGGGAGCGGAAAUUGUUGCUAUUCUAGUUACAUUAAUUACAUACAUAUUGAGUAUUAUUCUAGCUGUAGCCCAAAUUAUUCAUAGUUUUUACUUUAAUUAUUCAACUAUGCAAAUUCGUAGUGUUGUACUUGUAACAUUAGCCCUAUUUUUGGGUAUUGCUGCAUUAGUUCUUCAUUUAUUGGCUAUGUGUUCACCUCGUUGGAAAAUAACUAAACGAGAUCGUGCACCCAUAAUGGCACCAGUUAGUUAUGGUCUUUGGCAACGAUGUGAAUAUGCAAAUAUAACAAUAAUGAAACAAGGAAUUGCACUUGGCAUUCGACCAAAUGUUCAAAUAUGUCGACCAAAUCGUUAUAUGAGAUAUUCAUCAGAUAAUUUCGAUACAUGUUAUCAUAUUCGUCGUAAUUGUCCAGUUACAGAACAGGAACAAUUACCUGAAGGUUGUUUAUGUCGAUAUUUACCAUCAGCAAAAGGUUUACAAUGGUUAACAGUUUUAGCUGCAAUUUUUCUUGUUCUUGGUUUACUUUUACUUUAUUUAAAAACAAUAGCAUCACCACAAAAUGAUGUUGCAGUAUUAUUAAUUGGUUUUGGACCAUUUAUUUGUUUUCUUUUAGCAUUACUUUUAAUGAGUACAGCAUUAAUUCUUGUGGGUACAUAUCUUCGCCGCGAUACUUAUGAAGAUUAUACAUUUCCAUUAACAUCUGUAGCAACUGACGCAAAAGAUGUACAAGGUUUUGAUUUGCAUAGUCUUCGUAAUUAUGCUAAACGUUAUGAAUCAAAAUUUACUCAUGAUCAAUAUGUUAAUGCUGAAAAUGAAUUGCGUACAGAUGCUCAUACUCAUUAUCAUACAACAAUUGGAUGGGCUACUGGUUUUGAAAUUAUUGCAACUGUAUUAGUAUUUUUUGUUACUGCAUUAACAUUUUUACUUGUACAAUCAUCAAGAUCAGAUGAUAUGUAA